AUGCCGGAGUUCAAAGCGUUCAAGGAUCAGGUUUAUGAAACAUUGAAGAGUAAAUACGAUUCAUCAAAUUUAUUUGUCGAUCCAGAGUUUCCAACUACAAUUAAAUCACUCGCCGAGCACAAGGAGGGAAAAGCUGAAACUAUUGUAUGGAAAAGACCAAAGGAUAUUAAUCCAAAUGCUCAAUUUGUUGUUAAUUCUUAUGAAAAAGAAGAUUUAAAUCAAGGAGAAGUUGGAAACUGUUGGUUCAUUGCUGGUUGUGGUGCCAUUACAUUAAAUAAACCUUUUCUUGAGCGAGUAAUUCCUCAAGAUCAAUCAUUCGACGAAAGUACUUAUGCCGGUAUUUUUCAUUUCCGAUUUUGGCUCUAUGGUGAAUGGCUCGAUGUUGUCAUUGAUGAUCAAUUACCAUGUACUCAAGACGGUGGAUUUAUUUAUUGUCGAAAUGUGAAAGACAAAAAUGAAAUGUGGGCUCCAUUACUUGAGAAAGCUUAUGCAAAAGUUCAUGGCUCUUAUCAAACAUUGGAUGGAGGUCAUAUGAAUGAAGCUCUCAUUGAUAUGACAGCAGGGCUUGAUGAAACCUUUAAACUAUCCAAACUUGAUGCGAAAAACGAUAAGCAACCUAAUUAUAAAGAAACAAUCAAGCGAAUAAUGUAUCAAGCAUAUGCCAAAAACUCUAUGCUUGGUUGUUCUAUCAAUGCAGAUCCGUUAAAACCAGAAGAAUCGCUUAGCAGUGGUUUGAUUGCAGGACACGCAUAUAUUGUUAUUGACGUUCAGGAUAUAACAACAAAUAACGAUCAAAAGGUCUCACUUGUUAAAGUUCGUAAUCCUUGGGGAAGUGGUGGCGAAUGGAAUGGUAACUGGUCUGAUAACUCAACAGUAUGGGAUACCGUUAGUGACGAAGUAAAAGAGAAGUUAAAAUAUAAAAAGCUUGAUGAUGGCGAAUUCUGGAUGUCAUUCGACGAAUUUUUUUCUAACUUUCAUGAAGUUGAUAUUUGUCAUUGUGGUCCAUCAUCAUUCGAAGCUAUAGCAAAGCAAGAAGAUUCUUCGAAACCAGUUGAUCAAUCUGAGACUGAAGAAGAAUGUGCGUUUAAAGGCGAAGAAUUUUCUGAACUAGAUUAUGACACGAUCGGACCAGAUGAUGACACGCUCGACAUAAUUGUUGAAAUCAUUGACCCUGAUGAAAUGACCGAAACGACUGAUGAAACCGAUCAGCCAACAGAUGCUGAAGAUCCCAACGCACAAGAAGAUUCGAAUGCAGAUGCAAACAAUGAGGCAACAUAA